ACCUAUUUUUAACAACACACACAUGAAUCAUUCCUAUUUAUACACUAAAAGAUUUAUAGACGAGCAAGUGAAGAUACUUAAUCAACCACUUAGACUUACCGACUCAUUAAAACAAAUACUACAACAGCAAGACGAGAAUGCAGACAAAGUCAUAACAGAAGCCCAACUCAAGAAGGUGCUAGUCAAGCUUAAUACCAAGAUACGAAAUCGGAACCAAGUGAUAUUUCGAGCCCAGAUAGUAAACCAAAUAGUCCAACAGGUACUAAAAUUGGAGCAAAAUAACCUAGAAAUCGUCAAUGAACAAUUGACCAAGAUCCACUAUGUCUUGAAACCAAUAUUAAUACCGGAUUUUGAGCAUUUGUCAAAUAAAACACAACUACUGAAGCUCAUGGAGUUGGGUGACUUGAUUAAGGAGCUACCAGAAUCACAAUACAUUCUAGUUCGUAAUACCGCUGAAGAGGAACCAGAUCUGGAAGAAGAAAGUGACGAAGCUUCAGAUGAAAAUAUACUAAUUCAGGAUGACCAAGACAUAGUAGAGAAGAAGCCAUCUCAACGAAAGCAGAUUGCUCAACAUAGACGGGAAGUGAUUCAAAAAGUCCAACAGGCCGAGAACCGAGACGAAAAUUUGGUGGAAAGGUACCAUGACUUAAGAGCCAAUUUGUUAAAACUAUAUGAAUCAAUUAGAUACAAAUAUGAUAGAUCGAAUUAUUUGAAGGGGUUGAAAAAUAAUAUUCAAGGAUCCUUGGGAAUAUCCAAAUUGAAAGCCGAUACUCAUGGCAAUGAUCAAGUUUAUGAUAGUGAUGAAGAAGGGGAAGGUGAUUAUGAUAUUAAUGGCAUACAAACGAACUUAAUUACCACCAGUGCGAAUACGAAUCCAGAUAAUGUCAUCGCAGAGGUUAAUAAGUUUCGCGUAUUAACAGAAAAGUUAUCUUACAAAGUUACUACCACUGGUAUUACUGGCCCUGAGUUGAGACAAGUGGUGAUGGAUAUCAACUCAUCAAGUUAGCUCAAGUUAUUCUUGUUAUUAUUAUUAUUAUUAUUAUUUUGAUUGUUUAUUAAUUAGUAACGUACAAAUUUUAACCCCCACUAUUGUAACAAUAUAUGGUAAUCUCUAUUCAAGUAAGUUAUUCCUCUAAUCGAAUAAACCGAAACCCAUGUCGUCAUCAGAUUCUUCCUUGGCUUCUUCAGCAGCUUCUUCAGCGGCUUCUUCAGCAGCAGCACCACCGGCAGCAGCGGCACCAGAAGAGGCAACAGCAGCACCACCAGAUGGGACGGAAGCUAACUUGGUGUUACCUUCAGCAAUUAAGUCGUUGAUGUUCUUACCUUCUAAUUCAGAUAAUAAGGCAGAGAUUCUGGAUUCUUCAGAUUCAAUACCGGCAGCUUCUAAUAAAGCAGCGACAUCAGCGGCAGCUGGGGCAGCGUUACCACCUUGGACUAAUAAUAAGUAAGCAGCUAAAUACUUCAUUGUUUCUUAAUAUACUAGAAUAAUCACUUUUAAGCAAACAAACGGCAGACUAUCCUUUGCUGAAUAUAACUAU